CCUAGCCGGAUUGGCAAUUACAAGGCCUAUAACUAUAUGUUGCUUGUGAUUGGCUCUCAGACCCCAGAACUGGAGGAAGCAUUAUCGUAGACGUCAUGUGAAUAGCCAGUGGAGUUGCGCACAGUCGACUUACCAGCGCGCUCACAAGUAGCCACACAUGCACACGUACAGGCCAGCGACCAUCCCUAUGUCUCUUCACAUUCUCGGCGGGUUUCGACCACUGGUGGUCAGUGAAGAUGUGGGGAGGAGUGGAGGUGAUGGUGACUAGGGAGUUUUGGGGACCUUGGGAGGUCCAGGUGUGAGCUACAUGACUGUGGAGAGUGUGCAUAGCUCUCUCCAGGGAACUUGUGUGAUGUGGCACAACUUGAACGGAACAGUCAACUGGCAGUGGCUGGAGAUGACUACACAGCUACAUCUGGCAGUCUCAUCUUUGAAGAAGGAAAUCUGACAAAGAGCUUCACUCUCUCAAUCAGCAGUGACAGUGUUCCUGAACUGGAUGAGUACAUUUUCAUAGCCAUCACUUCUGUGGAGCUGGAUCCUGACUCUGUGGAGGAUGUUGACAGCUCUGUACUGCCAACUUCAGCCAGUGGCAAUGGGAGUCUGGCAUUUGUGGUGAUUGCUGAAAAUGACGAUGCUCGUGGAGUCCUGCAACUAUCCAGCUCCACAUAUGAAGCUGAAGAGUCCUCACAGAACUUUGUGACUGUCAGCCGAGGAGCUGGUAGCUUUGGAACAGUGACGGUGGAUUGGGAGGCGGUUGCAGUCAGCGCUCAGUCCUCAGACUUCACUCCCCAGAGUGGAUCAGUGGUGCUGGCUGAUGGUGUCUCCUCCACCCAGCUCCCUCUCUCCAUCAUCGGCGACACUGAACCAGAGUUCUCCGAGACCCUGACUGUCAGUCUGGUGGGCAGCGGCAGAGGAGCCAGGCUCGACGGCAUUCUAUCAGCCACUGUCACCAUACUAGCCAGUGACGACCCCAAUGGAGCCCUACAGUUUGCCGUGGGAAGUCGCUCUGUGUCAGUGCUAGAGCCAGAGGAUGGAGCCUCAGUCUCAGUCAGUUUGGUAGUGGAGAGAACUGGAGGAGCAACUGGUGUGGUGGAAGUCUCCUGGACUCUCACUUCCACAAACGGGGAUGAUCCCGUGCUGGACAUUGUGCCAGUGUCAGGGACUCUGCAGUACAUCAGUGGAGUUACCCAGCAGUCUAUCACUCUAUCAAUCAACCCCGACAUCAUCCCUGAAAUUGCUGAGGGAUUUACUGUCGGUCUAUCGGAAGCAACGGGUGGUGCUAGAGUGGGAGGUUUCGCUAGAUCUACUGUGACUAUUGAAGCCAACGAUAGUCCCAAUGGUUUCGUGUCUUUCGAAAGUCCCACAAUUGUGGCAACAGAAGACGAUACUGACACUGUUGUUAUGAUUCGUGUCGUCAGAAGUGCUGGAUUGUUUCGCAACAUCAGUGUCAUCUAUAGUACUGCAGUUUCUUCUCCGUCGUCUGCAACAGCUGGGAAUGAUUACGCCUCAAUCACAGGGGAAGAAGUAAUCAUUGAGGAAGGAUCCUCAAGUGUAAAUAUUCCGGUCACAAUUCUGGCAGACGAACUCCCAGAGCUGGACGAAACUUUCCAACUCAGUUUGGUCAGUGUCUACUUCACCGAGGAAAUCCCUGAAGAUAUGGGAGACGGUGGGCCUCAACUGGGGGAGAUCACUGUGUCGGAGAUCGUAAUCAGAGAGAAUGAUGAUCCCUACGGGAGAUUCCGUAUAGCAGGAGGGAGUGGCGAGAGCGUUGUUCGAGUUCCCGAGGCGGACAGUCUCGGAGUGAGUCUGACAGUCACCAGGGAGGCCGGGAGAGUGGGGACAGUAGAGGUUACCUGGAGUGUGAGCGGAACUGCGGAAGAAAAUGUGGACUUUGCAGGAAGUGGAGCUGUUUUGACAUUUGAUGAGGACACCACACAGCGCACAGUUUCACUCAUCAUCUAUGAGGACACGCUCCCGGAGAGAGACGAAUACAUCGUUGUUUCUCUGUCAAACCCCACCGGAGGAGCCGUCCUGGCAUCUGAUGGGGGGAGCGAGGCGACGGUGGUCAUUGAGGCAAACGAUAACGCUGCUGGAAUCGUGAGACUCGUGGAUUCGGCUCGUUCCGUCAUCGUGGACGAGGGGGACAUGGUCCAACUGUGUCUGGAGAGGACUCUGGGGAACCUGGGGGUGGUGGAGGUGACUUGGGAGAUCUCUGGACCUGGAAACGUGUCACUGGAGUUUGUUCCUUCAUCAGGGACCGCAACCUUCCAAGAGGGUUCUAACUCAACGGAGAUAGUGUUCAGUGUAGCAGCAGACGGGACACCAGAACUGGCCGAGGAAUACUCCCUGAGUCUGACUGGAGUUCAGACUCUCACUGAGGACAUUUCUGUGACGGGCAGAGCAGUGCUGGACACCAGUGCCACCAUGGCCACCGUAACUCUGAGGGCCAGUGACAACCCUCACGGAGUGGUGGAGUUUCAGGAGAUGUUUGUGGAGACAGAGGAGAGCGGUCGUCUCUUCCUAACUAUAGUCAGAGAGUUUGGAGCUAUAGGUGCUCUUGAUGUGGCGUAUGAAGCUGUGAUGGGCAACAUCGGAACACUGGCAGGCAACUCCACUCUGGCCACUCCAGGGCUUGAUUUCAACAACUCCAACAGGACUAUCAGACUGGAAGAUGGGCAGCUCUCAGCAACCGUUCUGGUGCCCAUCAUCAACGAGACAGAACCUGAGUUAUCGGAAGUGUUUCUGGUCCGGUUGAGUUCUGUUACCCUCGAUCCCAGUGAGGACGGGGAUGUCCCUCCAUCAAUUGGGACUAAUAACCAGGUUCAAGUGACAAUCCUACCAAACGACAACCCAGAGGGGAUCCUCAACUUUGCCCAGAGCAGUGUGACAGUGUCAGAGGACGUGGGUGAGGUGGAGCUGAUUGUACGUCGAGAUCAGGGCACCGUCGGUCGCGUGUCUGCCUUUGUCUUCCUCAUCGACAGAGGAGCCACACCUGACCAGGACUAUAUUCAUACCAGCCCUGAGAUGAUAGUGUUUGAAUCAGGGGACUCUGAGGAGGCAGUGCUGGUGACUAUAGUGGAUGAUAGUGAGCCAGAGCUCGGCGAGACUUUCUGCAUCCGUCUAGAGUUACCCGGGGGAAAUGCUGAGAUUGGGGACACCCCAGAAGUGUGUGUGACUAUUGACAUAAAUGACAAUGCUUACGGACAGUUCAGUUUUGACUCUGGAUCAGUGGCUGUGACAAUUGAUGAGGCGGGAGAGAUUAUCACCGCAGCCAAUGUUGCUGAGUUGAGGGUGGUUCGAAAUGGUGGAGUUAAUGGAAUAGUCUCCAUCCCUUUUGAACUACAGCAGAACACCAGUUAUGAUUUGUCAAUCUCGCCUUCAUCUGGCCUCUUGGUGUUUGCCGAAGGACAAGACUUUGGAAUAAUAGGGGUGACUGCUGUACGGGACGACAUCCCGGAACUGAGUGAGACAUACACGGUAUCUCUUCUGGACCCAUACAACAUAGGAGACCUCUCUGCUGUCAAUCACACUGCUAGCGUCACCAUCAGACCUAAUCAGAAUCCACACGGCCUCCUUGAAAUCUACUUCACUGAUAGAAACUCUAGUGAGUUAGUUGUUGAGGAAGAUGUUCGAUAUGUUGCACUGGAGAUAAGAAGAUCUGAUGGAACUUUUGGAGAUAUUUCUGUCGAUCUCAACACAAUUGCUGGAUCUGCUAUUUCACCCACUGGUGAUACCCUGUCUUUCAGUGUGACACAACUCCUAGACACAACUGGGGCUAGGAAAUGGUACCAGUUUACACGAACUGGGACCCACUACCUGUUCCUAGCCGGCAGUGGAAACUCUGUGCUCUAUGAAUGGAGAGGAGCAUUCGUACCUGUGCAGACUCUAUCAACUUAUGGUGCAUCAGCUGCCACCUUCUUGAGUAUCGACGGCCGAGAUUUCCUAGUGGUUUCUGACUAUGAAACAAAUUCUACUGUAUACGAGUUCUCUGGAAGUAGUCUACUAGAAGAGGUCCAAAGUAUUGCUACAGAGGGUGCCAGUGAUGUAGUAUCUCUGGUGGCACCAAAUGGAGUGCAGUAUGUGGUCAUUGCUAGCAGAGAAGACAACGAUGGAAGUCCCAACACUGACUCUGUUGUGUUGGAGUGGAGUGAGGGGAGAUUUACUCUCUUCCAGUCCAUAACUACCAUUGGUGCUUCGGCCGUGGAUGUACUGUCCAUUGGAGGGACACAGUACCUUGUCUUCUCCAGUUUCACUGACACGAGGUCCCCAAUCUAUGUGUGGGCAGUUGAUAGGUACAGACUGGAUCACAACAUAGACACACUGGGAGCCACUGAUGUGGAGUCAGUUGAUAUCAAUGGGGAUGUCUGGCUUGCUGUUGCAACUGGCUCAUCUGGAGUUUCACUCUUCCAGUGGUCAGCUGAUGAUUCCCGUUUUAUCUUCAAUUCGACUCUUAGCUCAGAAAAUGCCCUUAGUGUUGAGAACAUUCCAGAAACAGAUCUCCUGCUGGUUGCCAACAGGGAAGGACCUGGACAACUGUUUUCUCUGUCAAUCUUUAGCGAACAGCAGGUAAAAAUGUUGCUGAACCUGUUUCUGGAAUGUUCUCAACACUAA